UAUUUCGGAAAAUUCAUCUUCAAAUAAUAAUUUACCUAUCGCAAUUGGUAUUUCUGUGGGUGUGAUAAUUAUUGUUAUUUUGUCUUUUGCUGGGUUUUUGUUAUAUAAGAGGUCUAAAUCAAAAAUAAAUUAUAUCCCGACACCUGGUGGCAAUAGUCAAUGUAACCUUGAUGUUUUAUAUUAA